AUGACCAGUAUCUACAACAGCGACAUCAAGCACUACAGAAGGGCUCCUCCGCCUCCGCUAGCCGCCCAGAACCCCAUAAAUAACAACAGCACCAUCCUGCUCAGCAUCAACUCCAACAAGCGCCAAUCCGGAUGGGUCCACGUCAAAGACGACGGCAUCUUCACUUCCUUCCGCUGGAACAAGCGCUUCAUGGUCAUCAACGAUAAGACGCUCAAUUUCUACAAGACGGAGCCGAUCACCAACAGCAACACUCCUGGCAUCAACGAGUCUCCCGACAUCUCGUUUCCCCUCAACUUGAUUGGCAGCAUCCAGCUCAAACCGUCUACAGGCUACACCAAGACAGCGCAGUCGUUCGAAAUCGUGCCCAAGAACAAUGGCAGGCUGAUCUUGAUCCUGGUCAAGGCCAACAACGACUACUUGGACUGGAUCGAUGCGUUCACCACCAAGUGCCCGUUGAUCCAGGUGGGAAACGCUCUGAGCAGCGCCACCAGCAACGCCACUGCCACCACGCUAGCCAACGGCAACGCUGGGGUGUCGAAUCCCAUCAACUUCACCCACAAGGUGCACGUAGGCUUCGAUCCAGCCUCGGGUAACUUCACAGGGUUGCCAGACACCUGGAAGAGUCUUUUGCAGCACUCGAAAAUCACCAACGAGGACUGGAAGAAGGACCCAGUGGCAGUCAUCGAGGUGUUGGAGUUCUACUCCGACAUCAACGGGGGGCUGGCGGCGUCCACGCCGUUGAUGUCGCCUGCCGUGGGCAUGAAGACGCCUGCUGCCUUGCACGAGUGGACGAAACCGCCCUCCAAGGGCAUCCAGGGCCCCACCGGGCCUCCAGGACCUCUCCAGACGUUGCAGCAGCUGCUGCUGCCAGCCUCUAGCCAGCCGCCCUCUGCAUCGUCCCAGACCACGUUCGUGCCCAGUCGAGCCGCCCCCAAGCCACCAUUGCCCUACCAUUUGACCUCGCAAAAGGCUGCAAGUGGCAACUCCAUCUCGCCCCUCAACAACUUGUUGAACAAGUCCGACGCUGGCGAUGCUAGCGAGCUCACGCCUACCAGAAGAGCGCCUCCUCCUCCCACUGGUGCUGCUGGUAGCAAUAACGCUUCCAACGCCUCCAACGCCUCCAAACCGUUCAAGCCGGCUGUACCUACUGGUCUAGGUAUCACCACUCCUCCAUCCAGCCUGCCUGCGCACCCCAAGCAGGUGCCUCCACAGUUGCCGCUGAACAAGGUCCAUCCUGACUUGAAGAUCCACACUGGCGCCAACUACAACAACUCCAACAAGUAUACCCCUACAGGAACGCCCACCAACCAGAACUUUAUCAAGCCGUUUGGCUUGGGGGCAAAGCUGCACCAGCUGCCUGUGCAGAAGCACCACGACGCUGGCUCGGGCCAACAGGCACCCAAGGCAGGCAUUAAUAUCAAACCACUCAACGUUGCCACCAAAGCAUCGCCUGCGCAGGCCAAUGACGCUCCUAUCAAACCACUCCAGCCUCGUCCAAAGGAGCUGAACGAGGGACCCAAGCAGCUCGCCACAGGACCUGCUCCCGUCAAGUCUGCCAAGCAGUUGAAGAAGGAACGGGAGAGAUUGAAUGACAUGCAAGUGAUCGCCAAGUUGAAGACGGUGGUCAACAACAACGACCCCACGCCAUUGUUCAAGAUCAUAGAAAAGGCAGGACAAGGUGCCUCGGGAGCAGUGUACUUGGCUGAGCUGACGGAAAACCGCCAAAAGGUGGCCAUCAAGCAGAUGGACCUUAACGUGCAGCCCAGAAAGGAGUUGAUUAUCAACGAGAUCUUGGUGAUGAAGGACUCCCAGCACAAGAAUAUCGUCAACUUCUUGGACUCGUACUUGCGAGGCAACUCCGACUUGUGGGUCAUCAUGGAAUACAUGGAAGGAGGCUCGUUGACGGAAAUCAUCGAGAACAACGACUUCAAGUUGAGCGAGAGACAAAUUGCAACCAUCUGUUUUGAGACCUUGAAAGGCUUGCAGCACCUCCACAAAAAGCAUAUUAUCCACCGUGAUAUCAAAUCAGACAACGUGUUAUUGGACGCCAAGGGCAAUGUCAAAAUCACCGAUUUCGGUUUCUGUGCCAAGUUGACGGACCAACGCAACAAGAGAGCCACCAUGGUGGGAACUCCGUACUGGAUGGCCCCUGAGGUGGUCAAACAAAAGGAAUACGACGAAAAGGUCGAUGUGUGGUCAUUGGGGAUCAUGACCAUCGAGAUGAUCGAGGGUGAGCCUCCAUACCUUAACGAAGAGCCAUUGAAGGCACUUUACUUGAUUGCUACUAAUGGUACUCCCAAGCUAAAGAAACCUGAGGCUCUUUCCAACUCCAUCAAGAAGUUCUUGUCGAUCUGUCUCUGCGUGGAUGUGCGCUAUAGAGCAUCCACCGAUGAAUUACUCGAGCACUCCUUCAUCCAGCACAAGUCUGGCAAGAUCGAGGAGUUGGCUCCUUUGUUGGAGUGGAAGAAGAACCACGGCUCCAGCAUGCACGAUGACGAUGCCAUCUAG